CACCCAAUCCUGACUCAAGACUCUCUCCUGCUUUCGGGAGAUUUUGAAACUUCCUUUUUGGGGCAGUUCGACUCACCAGAUGUUUCCUGAGCCCACCGUGUCUCUAACUCACUCCCCUCCCCGAUGUGAAAACAAGGGAAGGACAGAGAGAGGGAAUCUGUCGCUCACUCCGAGUAAAGCCAAGCACAGAGAGAUACCUGGAGUCCAACUCGUGAAGACUUUCCUGCGCGUGCCUGUCAGCUACUGUGCUGACCACAGCAGACGGUGACCGAGAUUUACUUUAGCUGCAGUGACAGAGGACUCUGCAACUCACCUGGAGCGCGUACACAGACACACACAUACACUUUACUUACAGUCAUUUUUAACUGCUCACCUUCUCUUGCACAUUUUUAAGAGCAGUGUGAGCUCACAGCCAGGACUCCUGCUGUUUUACCUGGUGGGCAGUCAGUUGGUGAGCCCGCGAUGUCGUGGGACUGCGGCCUGAGGUACAUGUUCUCUGUGUCCCCUGCGCUUCAGCCAGGGAACAUGUGUAUCCUGCAUGACAAGGAGGACCUGUCCAGACUGGAGAUGGUCCAGAGGCUGGCCAAGGAUGGCUGCCGCUUUCUGCAGAACCACAGCAAGGGCCCAGAGAGGACAAGUGAGCCCCAGAGUGACGAGGCAGUCCGCGUGUGUCUGAGGGAGAGGGGCCACGAUGUGCUGGUUCUCCAGAGAAUAUCGUCAGAGCAGCCAGCCCUCUCCGCAUCAGCAAGGGGAGGAGGGAGAGAGGAGGCGAGGAACAGGAGGUACAUGGUGGUAUCGGGGACCCCAGAGAAGAUCUUGGAGCACUUGCUGAAUGACCUGACACUUGAUGACGACCAGGGGACGACACAGAGCAAAGAGUCAGAUACACUUCUGGAUGACUUUCUGCUGACCUACCCAGUGUUCAUGUCAACCAGUGAUUUAUGUCAAGCUCUGCUGGGACACUAUUGCACCAAGCGACACAGAGGGAAAGAGGACAGGAAGGAGGCUCUGGAGAGGAAACGAAAAGUCCUGCACCUGGUGACAGAGUGGAUGGCCCUCUGCAAAGACUUCCUGAGGGAGGACGAGCACGUCAAACUUUUCCUGAAGACUUUGUAUCGUUACGUGUUGGACGAGCUGUAUGAGCACCCUGCCCUGGAGAAGGAUGUGAAGGAGCUGCAGAAACUGUACCAGCUGCAUCGCAGACACACGGUGGAUGAAUAUUCCCCUCAAAGAAAGAGCAAAGCACUUUUCCACCAAUUGAGCCUGAAGGAGAACGGGCUCCAGUCCAGGACCAUGCAGAGGGAGACCAAGGAAGUGCUGUGUCAUGUGUAUAUUACCAUGGACUCGUUCCUAAGUAUGAGGGCCCAUGGUGGGGUGGUGGCCCAGGAGCUGCUGCAGGCAGUGGCAGAAAGGAUGGAUGUCCCUCAGGGGGAACUGGUGCUAGUGGCUGUCACUUACAAUGGAGGGAGGCUCCUCCUGCAGCCUCAGGACCGAGUCUUCUCUGAUUCUCUCCGGCCGGUGGGCAGGCUGCAUGUGUGCAGGAAGGAUCUGGGUGAAGUCCUGAACCCGUUCACAGACAACUCCGAGCUGCAGCAGAGGACAGCUCGCAUGCUCAGUUUAAACACAUGGGAUGUGGCCGUUGCCCUCACCAACUUUGACUGGACCAUCUUUGACUCCAUACACGAGCAAGAACUUGUGUAUUUCACCUUCAGCCGCCACAGUAGCAGCAACCACACUGUGGCGUUGGAGCUACUGCUGCAGCGCUGCAAUGAAGUCCAGCUGUGGGUAAUGACCGAGGUGCUGCUGUGCCCGACUCUUUGCAAAAGGGUCCAACUCAUCAAGAAGUUCAUCAAGAUCGCUGCUCACUGUAAAGCACAGAGGAACCUCAACUGUUUCUUUGCCAUUAUAAUGGGUCUGAACACUGCAGCUGUGAGCCGCCUCAGUCAGACAUGGGAGAAAAUUCCUGGGAAAUUCAAAAAGCUGUUUUCAGAGCUGGAGACAAUUACAGAUCCCUCACUGAACCACAAGGCCUACAGGGAAUCCUUUAAGAAGAUGAAGGCGCCAAAGAUCCCCUUCCCUCCACUGCUACUGAAAGAUAUCACGUUCAUACACGAAGGCAACAAGACAUUUCAUGAUAACCUGGUCAAUUUUGAGAAGCUGCACAUGAUAGCGGACACGGUGCGGCUCAUCCGGCAGUGUCAGAAAGAUCACAUGGGAAAUGGCAUCACACAGAAGAGCAGCACAGAGGUGCGAGCCUACAUUGAUUACCUGCAUAUCAUCGACAAUCAGCAGACUCUGUUCGAACUGUCACACAGGCUGGAGCCUCGCACAUAAGAGAGCAGCUCUUACUGCACUUCCCCACUGUGUCAGCCAGACUGUCAGAACGCCAAGGAACAAUCCACCGCUAUCAUCUAUCUCUCAGGACUCAGUGAGCAAUCAGAGGAUGCUGCAUGACCCUGGCCGACCACAGGAGGGAGCUGCUCAAUCAGGAAAGUCUCAGCAGGGAAGGGAAUAAGCAGAAAAAGACAUGUCUGAGGUUAAAUGCAUAAAUGUUAGCAUAGAUGAUCCAAAACACCUACAAGCAGGCCGAGCUGCAGUGCCAGCUGUGUCACCCCAACUAUGUAGAUCUGCUGGGCCAAACCGGCUGCUGCUAUGACUACAGCAAAGAUUGGGAAGAGUAGAGCUGAUUUAACAAUAACCCAAUAGCUCUUCCUUGUGGAGAAUCAGCAGCCUGCAACAAGAGUUUGCAGCUGCAGUGCUUCCCAUCUAAUACACAGACUGAUAACAGUGUGUGUGACAAAAAGGUCCACGUACGAGCCUUUCCAGAACCUUUAGCCACACAAAUCACAUAAAGUGAUCAAGGUGCAGAUAAACUCAUGAUACAUCUUUUUGUAUUCUCUGUGUUUAAGGAUCUGGCAUCAGUGGGUUGUUUCAUCAGAGUUAACCAAAGAGUAUUUCAGUCCUAUAUUGUACACACACUUCACUUUUCUUCAGACACGAUCCACAUGUUCUCUUUGCCAGAUGUGGGACAGGCAGUCACGAACAGAUCAGUACAGUGUUUGCACAACAAGUUGGAUCAAGAUGACAGAAAUAGUGAAAAGGAAACAUAUAUAACAUGUUCAUAUAUUAUUUUCGUUAGCUAUUUUUACAUUGCAGAAUUCUCUUACUGUACUGUUUUCUAUUGUUUAACCAUAAAGUGUAUUAGAUCAGUGGUUCCCAACUGGUGGGUCACAGGUCAAGUUUGUAAAAAACACACUUUAUUUUGAAGUACAGUGAAUUUCUGGCACAAAGCUUAUAUUUUGAAGUGCUGUUUCCUGCUGUAGAGUGAGUGACUAAUGGACAGCUACUUGACAGAGACAGCAAACUAGUUGGACGACAUGACCACACGCAAGUAUGACAAUUAGUGUAUUAAGCUGUGUGGACCUUGAGCCAAUGACUAAGGAGAAAUCUGGACCUGUGGCUGGACCAGUUGGGAACCACUGUAUUAGAUGAAGCAGUUCAUAUGGUAUUAGAGCAGAAAAUUAAGUGAGAAUACACAGUAUAGUGUGUUUCUUUGAUGUGUGGGGAAAGUUGUAUGUCCCGUGUGUGAGUUAUAAUCACGUAUGUUAGUGCCAAAAGCCAUAAAAAACGCCCAUUCAUAGUAAAGCUAGCUGCUCAUCUCUUUAGAAGCGUAAGGAUCUCCAUCUAGUUGAGCUGCGGACAAUCAGUUAAACGAAGCAGCAGACUCGUACUGACACUGAUACAUUUGUAUUGGUCUCUAAAGUUCAGGUUAAAACACAACAUAGUGCAUUUUGCCAGAUCAGAUCAUGUUUGAUUGGUUGAGGCUCAGAGACAUCGGCUUUAGCUGUUUGGUGCUCAGAGUGCCAGAAAUUAGCAUUUGAAAAACUCUGCAGCAGCAUCAUAUCUCUGCAGCAUAUCUCUUUCAUCCUGGGUAAACGUAUGGAUAGAGACCACAGAGGAAGAAUAAAUUUCAUUGUAUUUGUGGGUGAACUGUCACUACAAGUAAAAGCAAUAGAAAAAACAAGUACUACAGCACCUUCUGGACAAAAAAAAGUUAAAGACAAAAAGAACUUGAAGCCAUUUCCUUCUGUACGGUGUGUACUAACACUGCUGUAUCCACUUGUAUAGUGUGUGGCUAUAAAAGACACUUUAAGGUAUUUAUUCUCCAGAUUGGCUACCUAAAAAUUGCCCUGAGGCUCGGCCAUUUUAAGUCGGCGUUGUGAAGUGUUGUAGUUGGAGUUUUGCAUUAUAAUAUCUUGAGGUUUUAUUUGUAUAUUUUGGAUUUUUAAAGCCCGCAGAGAUCAUGGAGAGAAAAUGCUUUAGCAGUAUCUUAUUCUGAGUUUCAUUUGUAUCAUCAACGAUGUACAGUUGAUUCUAUUUAUACUGUAUAUAUACACCAUAUGUUGACAUUCUGGAUAGGAAUAUUUAUUUAUUUCAGAAUUAUUUAUUUGUUCGAUAGAUGUUACUUCUAUUGGUUAAAUUUGAUUUCUUUCUCCUUUUUUUGUACGCACCGUUUUUGGCUGGUCUGCAUGAUAUGGCAAACCAUGGAUUGACCACCAGUGUCAACUGUGCAUGCAAUAAAAUAUUUUUCAUCA